AUGGAGAGACUCUUCCACAUAGAAGACAUCCUUGCAUACAUAGACGAGCAGAAGAAGGACCAUGCAAGCGCAACGCGGCAGCUGUCAAUGUACUACGAAGCCACCCAGAAGAAUCUUGAGCCAAACGAAAAGACGUAUUCUUUAUGGGAGGGCUAUAUACACACGCUGGAGAAAAAUGGAUACGGGCACUCGGAAAUACGAGAGGUAUACAAAAUGCUGAAAAGCAAAUUUUGGAAAUUUGCGCGGUUUUGGCAGGGAUGGUUUGACUAUGAAAGCCGCCUCCCCAUCGACCAGAGCAAAAGAGCGAGGGUUUUGGAGCUGGCAAAUGACAUACUGCAGUACAAAGAGUGUGCGCAGAAGGAGAAAAUUAUGCUUUGGGUGCGGGAGAAGUCGUUUUCUGGCGGAGAAGACAUAACCCGCACAGUGUACAUGUAUCCAGAGACGCCGAGGAGCCAGCUGUUUUCCGAUGCACAUGGGGCAUCCUCCAGCAGCUCCAACAUAGAGCAUGCAAAGGGCGCCCACGAGGAGUGGCCCAGCUUGAGCGUGGCUGCGCACACAACUAACCCCGCAGCGUCGCCGAAAAAAGCCCGCGCAAGCUUUGCUUCUUUGCAUCCGGCCGGACACUUGGGCGCGGAAAGGCAAAGCGCGCAAAAAGACGCAGACAGCGAUGCCGGCGAUAGCCCAGACCGUGCAAACCCUUCAAGCGCGCCCGACUUCAUCCCGAUGGAUAUCGACAUAGAGUCUGUCCGGUCCGGAGAUUCUGGCUACAUUAUGUGCCCGAUGGGCACCCCUCUGCAUGCUUCUGGGCAAGCGCCCGGAGCUGGGCACUAUGAGCUCUCCGAGAGAAGGAGCAGCUUGCAGGAGAACACAAGCACAAACCUAGACAGAGCUCCGCAGCAGAAGCUGCAUCCGAAGAAUCACACAAAAGGCGGAGAGAUAACCCAGACCGGAGGCGUUUUUGACCUGGAAAUCGGCCAGGGCGUGGCAGAAACCGAGUGUGAAAAGCCCUCAAGCGCGCUGGCAACAGACAAGUAUUUCAACUCAACCGCGUCAAAGAAGAUCACGCUCAACGGAAAACGGCUUCGCAUACUCAGGACCAUAGGAAAGGGCGGAAGCGCAAAGGUGUACCAGGUGCUCUCGGACAAAAACGAGGUCUUCGCCUUAAAGAAGAUAAAGAUAGCGCAGGAGUCCGAGGACAGCGAAAUAUACAAGAGCUAUGUGAAUGAAAUAUCGCUCCUAAAACGGCUGAAGAAUCGGCACGAGAUAGUCACCAUGAAGGACAGCUAUGUAAACAGAGACAAAAUAGCAAUUCUUAUGGAGCACGGGGACAUUGACCUGUGCAGGUUUCUAGAGAUAGAAAAAAACCGAUUUCCCGGCGGCUACCGAAAGAGCGACGAAAACCACACAAUGAUCAGCAUAUGGGAGCAGAUGCUGCGAGCUGUAAAAUGCAUACACGAAAACCGAAUAGUGCACCGCGACCUCAAGCCAGGAAACUUUCUCUUUGUCAACGGAAGGCUGAAGCUCAUCGACUUUGGAAUAUCAAAAGAGAUCCGCAACGACACAACCAACAUCAUCCGAGAAAAGCAGAUAGGCACCAUCAACUACAUGUCUCCAGAGGCCAUAAUUGAGGGGAAGACAAAAAUGGGCAGAAACAGCGACAUAUGGUCGCUUGGCUGCAUUCUGUACGAAAUGUAUUUUGGCGAGUCGCCGUUCAUGCGGUUCAGCAACCUUGUGCAGCGCAUGCAGAAGCUGCUAGACCCCGACUACUCGGUGGAGCUGCCCUGCGAAGAGGAAAACGACAACGGGUACGCGCUGGUGGCGGCCGAGAUCAGAAAGUGUCUUGUAAGAGACCCCAAGGGGCGGGCAAAAAUAGAAAGCCUGCUAAAAAGCGGAAUAUGCGGAAAGCUGCAGAGCCGCGCAGAGGCAGAGCCAGCAGAGAAAAAGUGCUCCUUCAACAAGCUGGAGCUAAAGGAGUUUAUAUCGAAAAUAAUGGACCUGAAGCACACGUCUAGCACAGAGGAGGGACACGAAAAAAUAAUAGAGAAAAUAACAAGCCUGUACUUUGACAAACAAUAG